UCUUACGCUGACCUUGACGUCACACUGAACUCUGGGUCGUUUAGCUGCGGCGAUCCUUCAAGCAGUGCUGAGUUUGGCAGAGUAAACAGUGCAAUGGCAUUAACGCAAGUUUCUUCUAAUAAGUGCAGCGAUGGAUAUCAGAAAGUGUUCGAGCAUGACAGCUCCGAAUUAAAAUGCAAAAUGAAGUUCGCCAUUUACCUUCCUCCCAAGGCCGAGAGCUCCAAAUGCCCAGUGUUCUAUUGGCUUUCAGGUUUGACAUGCACAGAGCAAAACUUCAUCACUAAGGCAGGGAGCCAGCAGGCGGCUUCUGAACAUGGGAUCAUCAUUGUAGCCCCAGACACCAGUCCACGUGGCUGUAACAUUGAAGGAGAGGAUGAGAGCUGGGACUUUGGGACAGGUGCAGGAUUCUACGUCAAUGCCACCCAGGAGCCCUGGAAGACCAACUACCGCAUGUACUCGUAUGUCACCGAAGAGCUCCCACGGCUGAUUAAUUCUAACUUCCCUGCUGAUCCGGAGAAGAUGUCCAUCUCUGGUCACUCCAUGGGGGGCCACGGUGCUCUCAUUUGUGCACUUAAGAAUCCUGGGAAAUAUAAGUCAGUGUCAGCGUUUGCACCCAUCUGUAACCCUAUACAAUGUGCAUGGGGACAGAAAGCUUUUUCUGGCUAUCUUGGACCUGACAAGUCCACCUGGGAGUCGUAUGAUGCUACUGUAUUAGCUGAAUCAUAUUCCGGGCCUGAGCUUGAUGUUCUGAUUGAUCAAGGCCGUGAUGACCAGUUCUUAUCUGCCAGUCAGCUGCUUCCUGACAAUCUGAUCGCUGCCUGUUCCAAGAAGAAAAUUCCUGUUGUUUUCCGCCUUCAGCAGGGUUAUGAUCACAGCUACUAUUUCAUCUUCUCCUUCAUCAACGACCACAUCAAGCACCAUGCCAAAUAUCUGAAUGCCUGAAACUGUGCGUCAUGAGUAUGGCAACCAUCCCUUGUGCCUUUCAGAUCAUAACGAAACCUACAGUAUCUACACAGCUGGAAAUGACAUCGGAGCCAUGUCUUGACUGGUUCACUAUCUCUCAAACUGCAGUCCAACUCUGUAUUUUCUUACAGAAAAAUGAAUAGGGUGAUGUUUAGCUGUAGACAUUACAUUUCUUUAAAUAAAGGCAUUUGGUUGUGAUUUUGUAUUUGUUGCUC